AUGUCUUCGUCUGGGCAAAUUAAUGUUACACUGUUGCUCAACGUUCUCAAGCAAGUGCUGAAUCAGACACCAAAUGUAGUCAUUCGUGAGAACGAAGCUUAUCUUAAGCAUGACUCGUCGAAUGGGUCCACCAUCAAUGUGAUCACUAAUCGCGGCUCUUUAAACGCCUCCAAUAUUGUUUUUUUGCCAGGACCUUAUGCCAAGAAUGUGUCCGCUCUGCUAGGCCUAAAUUUGAAUAUGACCUUAUGGGAGUUACCCACAUUCUAUGCUCACCGGCUAACUAACGUUUCAACAAUCACACCAAACUGGUUCGAUGAUUCAUUUACUGGUUCCUCACCAGAAUCUGAUAAAAGCUUAUAUGCCGGCUACGUACGCAUUGAGUCACAUUUUCUCGUUGAUCCUAAGAGAGCACUUGUUUGGCCUGAUCAGCGAACGAAUAUACCCGAUCAAUUGUUACUCAAUGCUACCCACUGGUGGCUCAAAACACACAUGGCAAAAUUCGUUGAUCCUGAUGAUAUUAAGUCAGCGCCUAACACGUGCCUCGCUUCAAUCUUAUCCGACGGAGGAUAUUUGCUUGACUAUGUGCCUGUUAAUGAUAAUGGAAAACGAAUGGCCAUGGGUGCUGGAGGUUGGGCAAUGAAAUACAUACCAGUAUUCGCUGAUAUUCUGACGGAUCUUGUACUAGGUACAACAGCUAAUAAGCCAUAUGCACGAUAUCUUGAUCAAUUCACAUUCAAUAGACCCGGCCGUCUCAUACCAAUUAUAUCAACUACUACAAUUCAGCCCACUACCACAACAUCAACUGCUAAACCCAAGGAUUCCCACGAAAUAUUGUUCAGAAAUGUUAUGAUAGUUUUUGUGGUUUUGACUUGCGUCCUCGGUAGCAUACUUCUCUGUCUCCACUGCAAUUAUAAAAAUGUUCGACGGCCGUGUAGAAACGCGGAUUACACAGAGACUUAA